UGUGUGAGUUAAUGAUGAUUCAAAUUAAUGGACUAACAAUCACAAAACAUUAAUAUGCACUUUCUUUUGUCUAUUAUAGACCUACCCAGGAACGUCUCAGUCUCCAUCAUUCAGUCUGGUCAGAUUUGGGCAGGAGAUUCAGUAACUCUGAUCUGCAGCAGUGAUUCAAACCCUCCUGCUCUGAACUUCAGCUGGUUUAAGAAGAAUGAAAGCUCAGCUGUUGGAUCUGGACAGAGUUUCAGUGCACUACAGAGUGGACGCUUCUACUGUCAGGCUCACAAUCAACAUGGAUCUCAGAGAUCAGACGCUGUAACUGUGACUGUGACUGUUAAAGGACAUCUGGUGAUAUUAUACAUAUCCAUUGGAGUGGUUUGUGGAGCUGCAGUGAUCAUCAUGAUGCUGGUUUGGGGAAUCAGGUGGAUGAAAAAGAGAAAUGACACACAGGAGUCUCAGAUGGUUGAUUCCAGACCUCAUCAUGACAGACACAAAGCUUGUGAUGUUGAAUUGAGUGAACCUGUUUAUGGGAAUGUAACGGCUGAUCAACUUGAUGAUUGUAAACCCAAACUGAACUCGUCUGUGUAUGAAAAUCUUCCAAUGCUGUAAUAUAAAUACAUUACAGCCUUUAUGCAUCUCUUUGUGGGCGGAGCCCUGAAUGAUUGACAGGAGUGCUGUGAUGACAUGUGACUGAAGUAAUUUGGGGAUCAUUUUAUAGAUGGAUGGGCAAAAAUGGUAAAGGUUAAUGAAUUGAUGUAAAAGUGUGUGAUCACCGAAGUGUGUUUUCUUUAUGCUUUGUAUCAUGUUUGAAGUUAACUUCAUUUACAUUAUUAAUGUUUUUAACCUUAAGUAUCAGUAUCAUUAACAACUAUAUACUUAACUAUAAGUAUCAUUAUUCAUGUUUCAAAUAAACGGCAAAAAAAAAAAAAAUCUUAAGAAGAAUAUGCUUUGCUUCGUUUGUCUUUGAUCUCUUAUCCUGUUUUUUUAAGUUCUUCUUUUGCUGUUUUUAAUUUGUUGUAGUCACGUACACUUUUAAGGAGUAUCUUGUCAUUUCCUAUAAGAGCCACACUGUUCUUUUCAUGCCUAUAAGCAGUUAUUGAUGCCUUAAUGCUUCUUUGAUGUGGAUGAUGAGACCAUACAUGAAUUUAGCUUUCCUUUGUUUUCAGUUGACCUAAUGCCCUGCUAUAUAUGAGUUACAGCGAGCUCAAUAAACUUUGACUUUGAGUGAACAGCA